CGCGCGACUGUAGCUAGAGAGCCUGAGUGGGGAGAGAGUCGUAGCGAGUGCGCGAGCCUGAAGGACGGUUCGAAGAGCUUGGUUCACCAAUCGCUCUGUACAGCCCAGGCUGCCAGAGUGGCUGACCUUCCAUAAGGAUGGCCAAGCAACCGCCUGCCCAAUUUACCAAUCCAGAAACUCCUGGCUAUGUUGGAUUUGCAAACCUUCCCAACCAGGUUCAUCGGAAGUCUGUGAAAAAGGGCUUUGAGUUCACUCUCAUGGUGGUUGGUGAAUCUGGAUUGGGAAAAUCUACACUAAUAAACAGCCUGUUCUUGACAGAUCUCUACCCAGAAAGGAUAAUCCCAGGAGCAGCCGAAAAAAUUGAAAGGACUGUGCAGAUCGAAGCUUCAACAGUUGAAAUCGAGGAAAGGGGUGUUAAGCUCCGUUUGACAGUGGUAGAUACACCAGGAUAUGGUGAUGCCAUCAAUUGUCGGGACUGUUUUAAGACCAUCAUUUCUUAUAUUGAUGAGCAAUUUGAGCGGUAUUUGCAUGAUGAGAGUGGCUUGAACAGGCGGCAUAUUGUAGAUAACCGGGUACACUGUUGCUUCUACUUCAUUUCACCGUUUGGUCAUGGUCUUAAACCUUUGGAUGUUGAGUUUAUGAAGGCCAUACACAACAAAGUGAAUAUUGUACCUGUAAUUGCAAAAGCUGAUACACUUACUCUGAAGGAACGGGAAAGGCUAAAGAAAAGGAUUCUGGAUGAAAUUGAACAACAUGGCAUCAAGAUUUAUCACCUGCCUGAUGCAGAAUCAGAUGAGGAUGAAGAUUUUAAAGAACAGACCAAGCUCCUGAAGGUCAGUAUCCCAUUUUGUGUAGUGGGAUCCAAUCAGUUGAUUGAAGCCAAAGGUAAAAAAGUUAGAGGUCGUCUCUACCCAUGGGGUGUAGUUGAAGUGGAGAACCCAGAACACAAUGACUUCCUGAAGCUGAGAACCAUGCUAAUUACCCAUAUGCAGGAUCUUCAGGAGGUGACCCAGGACCUUCACUAUGAAAACUUCCGCUCUGAGAGACUUAAAAGAGGCGGCAGGAAAAUUGAAGAUGAGGAAGUGAAUAAAGAUCAGAUUUUGCAGGAAAAAGAAGCUGAACUUCGUCGCAUGCAAGAGAUGAUUGCGAGAAUGCAGGCUCAGAUGCAAAUACAGAUGCAAGGUGGUGAGGGAGACAGCAGUGCAGUUCAUGGACACCAUGUAUAAAUUCUUUGAUGACUUCAUAUGCAGAUUAAGAGGAAACAUUCCAGUGUUGGGAUGCAAUAGUGUCUCUCACUGGGAAAGAUAUCUUUUACCUCGCCUGUGACUUGGAAGUCACGUUAGUAUGUUAUGCGCUAAUGCAUGGUAUUUUUUGUAAUAUGUACUUUGUAACAGAUUGUAUUCAGUCAAUAUUUUAUACCUUAUAUAGAGAAUGUGAUCAGUUUUCGUUUCGUAAUUUAGUAUUAUUUUAUUGAGCUCAUUUUCUGUAACCCAGUAUAUUAGGAAUGCAAAAUGGAUGAUACUGAGCCUUUCCUAACCUGACUUAGCAGUAGACCAGUCUAUUUGCAUAGCGCACUAGCACCAUUAGUCAUACUACUUGUUACACCUAGAAAUACGUGACUGUUGCUAUAGGUUGUCAGUGGUGUGAUAGUUGACUAAUUAGGGAGUCCAAUGCCAAGUUAAGUUAUUCUGUUUCCUAUUUCUUGCAUUGUUUAACUGUGUGCCUGUGAGACUCUUGGCCAUUCCUCAGUUCUUGUCCAGUGCUGAAUAGCCAUUGCCUUGACAUCACAAGUGUCUAAUUACAAAAGAGGUAUGCUUUGUCUUAACUAGGAAAGAGUAGAUAAGAGAGAAUUCCUUGUUAAAGGGGGCACUUGCUGAAUGACUUAUUUUGUCUACUUCCCCCUCCAAAGCCAACAGUCAGAUUUCAUAACACGAUGUGCUACUGCAAAAUUAAUUACCAGUGCUGUUUACAACCUACCAGUGCCAAAGAGAUAAUACAAAUGGCACCAUCACAAAAUGCUGAGAUCUUUCUGGUCUUCUGCACAGCAGUGGCCUUGUUUAUCUUCUACAUUUAUAUCAGAGAUGAGGAAUAACAUAACAAUCCUGCAGUUAAAUUCCACAAAUUGUAGCUUUAAUGGUCACUAAAUUACUAAUUUAAAGGAGUCCUGCUACUGAGCAAAUCAGAUUUUGACCUACUUAAAACUGCUGCAGUUUAUAAAUUGCUUUAUAUUCUGAGUAUCUUUUUAAUAUUAAAAGUAAAACCCACCACAAUAGUCUCUGUGUUGAACUCCUGUGCUGCCUAUAAAGCAGUUAUCAUUUCAUAGAACUGGUAGUCUUUCUACUCAUCUCUUCUGAUCUUCGUCCACAAUGAAGGAAGCAAAAGCAGCAGCCUUACUGACGUCUGCUAUGUCAGAAACACAGGUGUAAUUCAUCCAUUUAGCAAGUCCUUUCUUGCUAAAUGGAUCAAUACAAAAUUAGUAGGGAAAGAAAUGUAAAUGUUUACAUUUUGCCUUUUCCAUAGAGAAAAGAUAGUACUAAGGCAUUUCAGUAUUGCCAGAGAAAAAUGUCAAGCCAUGUUACUUAAAUCUUUCAAUCUAUUGAGCAGACUGGUUUACUGAAAAAGUGACCAUAAAUGGACCAGAAAUAGUAAUAUAAGCUUCAGUGAAGGCAUUAGAAUGAAUACUUUAAAAUACCUAACUGUCCCUUUUUUUUUCCAGCCCCAGUAUUUUUUGUUCGUAUAGUGCAGCUAAGCACCUCUGUGCACUUUUAGGGUUCUCAGAUGGUCUCAGUUACAAUAGAAUUCUUGGACAUUGGACAUAGCACAUUUUGAAGUGCUGCCAGGAAAAACUGUUGCAUAACAUUUCAGUGAAUUUCAUCUGAGGUCAGUACUGUGAUCUAAACUUCAAUAGUAUUUAUAAUCAGUAUUAGGAAA